AUGUACUUUCGUAACUCCACAAGAAAAAGAGUUCCAAAUUGAAGUGCUUCCUGGAGGCAUGUAAACAUCCGUGAACAUUGUAUCACAAACUUGAAGGUCAGCAUGCGCAAAUCAUUCCACAGAGGGCUAGCCAGGGUAGCAUGUUGUACUAGAAAGAGCAUGGCUAAAGCGGACAUCCUGAAUAAAGCCAUUAUCGGAGGCGAUGAAGACGUGGUACGCUCUCUCAUAUCGGAAGGCGCCGAUGUCGACCAUCUUCUCGGAAUGCGGGGCACGGCUCUUUGUGCAGCUAUCGGCGCCAAACAAUCCUCCAUCGCUUUGCUACUGAUUGAGAGCGGAAGUGGUGUGAACGUGGAGGACUGGGACCGCGAGCCGCCACUCCACCUGGCAAUUAGAAAAGGAUGUUUGGACGUUGCCAGGACGCUUAUCAACCACCGUCGAUGUAACUUGGAUAAGGCAGACCCGCUCACAAAGACGCCAGCUUUCUGUUACGCUGCCAAUAAGGGCAUCGCAGAGGUAGUGAAGUGGAUGAUUCAGGCCGGAUGCAACACAUUGGUCAAGGAUGUUUACGACAACACUGCUCUGCAUUUGGCUGUGAAGGGUGGACAUCGAGAAGUUGUCAAACUCUUGGUUAAGGACGGAGUCAAUUGUCUCUUCAAUGAAAUGGGAUUGGCGCCUGUUCAUCUGGCGGCACAAGCAGGAGACGUAUCCGUGUUUUUGUUAUUACUGUCGGAGUGGAUAGAUUCGGAUGUCGAUAAUCUCAUCAUUCCAUCGAAAGCAAGACAGCCCAUUAAAAAUUUUGUCAAUUUACCAAAGAAAUAUUCUAACUGUAGUGUAACGCCGAUAGAGUUCGCGGUAAUGGGUAAGCAUGUUGAUAUGGUAAAGUUCUUACUUCGCUGUGGCGCUAAUCCCAAUCCAGACAAAACAACCUUAAAGUUUGCCAACAAUCUCCCGCCAAUUUUGCGUGCGUGUACGUUCUACUGCGAAGAUGUCUUAGACCUUGACAUGGCCGAACAUUUGAUCAAAUUCGGCGCGGACACGGAAUUAGGUGGUAAAUUGAUGACGUCAUCGUUCGGUAGCCGUCCUGUAACACCCCUGCAAUAUGCAGCGAAACAAAACUCUGUCAAACUGGCAGAUUUUCUCGUGAGGCACGGAGCCGACGUUAAUAACAUUAGUGAAAGUGAAGCACCAUUGUUUGUUGCACUCGCCAACGGCUCGCUUGAUAUAGCCUGGUAUUUCAUGAAAGAGUGUCCAUCUCAGGACUUUAGUGUCUUAGACACCAAAAACAGAAAUAUCUUACAUGCAUUAGCCUCCAUGAAAUCAUUCGAAGAUUUGGAAGAACUUAUCAGUUUCCUCUUGAAAAACGGCUGUGAUGUUGAUAAUGCUGAGUGCCAAAAUACAGAUGGUGUCUGCACACCUGUCCAUACCGCCAUUAUAGAACAAAAUAAUAUUCUCCUGGACGUUCUGAUUACACACGGUGCCAAUGUGAACGCUAUGUCCUGUGGUUUGGCACCCCUACAUCAGUGUGCCUUGAAUGGCGACGUAAAUAUGGCUAAUGUCCUGCUUUUGUCUGGUGCAGAUAUUGACCUCCUUUCAGAAACUGGACAGUCGGCUUUGGCGAUGGCUCUAGAUUGCGACAGCGAGGAACACACAGCAGUUGCCAAUUUUCUUCUUGAUAAUGGAUGUUUUGUACAUCCUGAUUUAGUUGGUGACGUAGACGAUGAAGAUAUGUGUGACGUACACGACUCUUGUUCAGAUUCCGAUGAUGACGAUGAAAUCGAGACGUUGAAGAUAAGUGUUCAGACCCGUGUGAACGCCUUUGCGAAUGUUCCUCGGACGCUUGUAGAGUUCUGUAUGGUUUCCAUCAGACAAUAUUUUAUUUCUAAAAAGCUGAAAUUCUGUACAAUCUCCAACUUACCGCUACCUCCGAGAAUAUUGGACAGACUUUCCUACAAAACAAGAUAGGCGUGUUAACAGAUAUUUCGACAACGUCGUCAGACAAAGGAAGGAUUUUUUUCAAAGAUCCUAGUGUGACAUAGGGAAAGAUUAUUUCUAGUUUAACGGGAUUUUGUCAAUUUUAUUUAUUCGCUUGACGUAGAAAUCAAUCCCUGUUGACAAUUAAUCUUCUUUCAAUCAAUGUCUUCGCUCCGCAGGGCUGUUUGCGGUGUUCGAGAUUGAUUUUCGAAAUUUCUCUGUCAAUCUAUCACUGCAAGACCUCUAUAAAAUAUUACAAUCCUCUUUUCCUGACUACGAAUAACACGUUCCGGGAAUGAGAAGGAAACGUCAGUAAUAUCCGGAUUCUCACAACGAAUAUAAAAUUCCGGAUGUGAGUCGGAAACGUCAGUAAUAUCCAGAAUUGGAAAAUUACCUGGAUUGAUUAACAUCAUGACCAUUGUCACAAGGUUAAAGGUGUAUUAGAAUUCCGUUCGGGAUGAACAUAGCGGACAUUGAUAAUCUUACCCGGGGAUUAACAUAGCGGACAUUGACAAUCUUACCCGGGGAUUAACAUAGCAGACAUUGACAAUCUU